UUAGUUGGUGGCAAUUGAUUAAGUUGUGCAUUGAUGAAGUCUCGUGAUAUUCUCGUUACCAAGCUGACAAAUUCAUUGUUAUAUAAUUAUCAUUGAUGAAUGAUUCGGUUCGAUAAGAUUUAUUAUUUAUUUGAUAACUGUGAUUAUAAAACGCAAAUUCUGAAAAGCAACAUCAGUUCAGGUGUGUUGUGGCUACAGUAAGACAAGAAAGGGAUCAAUAACGCGGGGUUAUUUCUUAACUGAGAUUGAUUGUCUCUGGUCAUGUGACAAUUUUUUAAUGCUGUUCUAUAAAUUGAAUUUUUGUGUUGUUUUAGAUCUUGCUGUGCUGGAAUUGGUAUCUGAAUUUAGAUGAUAGUGAUAUGGAUUAAAAAGAUUACGAACUAUGUUUAGUACAUAUUAACUGUAUUAUGACUAUUGGAUAUUUGUUUGGUACUUAGACAAUGCAGAAUGAAUGUCUACUCCUGUUACUUAGCUCAGAUAUUAUUAUUUUUAUUCUAUGACGCUGUUGAUGCUAUAGACUGCUAUGUGUGCACAUCGCUAGAUAAAAAUAACCCACUAUGCAUGGACGGAUUUAAAAAGAAUCUAGCAACAUCGAUAUAUAUAUCUCGAAAAUGUGACUUCGAUUUUUUCAAGGCUACACAUUGUAUAAAGCUCAAAGGAGUGAGAGAGGAUGGAACAGAAAUCUUAGUUCGGCAGUGUGGUGACAAUGAUUGGGGCAGCCAUUGUGGUGACAUCAUGUAUACAAACGGCGACUCGGGUACAGAGCGAAUUAAUGGAUGUCUAGAAACAUGUGAUCAUGAUGGAUGCAAUACUGCAAACCGAUUGUUUACAUUUCAAACAUGUAUAUUCACUUUACUUCCUUCAUUAAUGUUUGGUAUUUUUCGGUUGUGAUAUUAAUUGGUGCAUUUCAAACAACAGAGUAGAAUCUUGUCACAAGUAGACAUAUGUUUCAGGUUAACGUUUUGAAGAUAUUCAAAGGAUUGAACUCAGUAUUAUAAAAAUGGACUAUAGUAUUUGUAACAUUUCCUUAACAAGGAAAUUGUGAGCAUACAUACUACCAUUUAAAAGUAGAAUGAAGGUUGAUAACACAAACAAGACAACGAAACAUCGAAGAGACGUCAAAAGGCAGAAACAGAAUGAGAAAUUUACUUUUUUAUCUUCCGAAAUUUUCAAAUGUAUCAUAUUUAUAAUCUAUGCAUUUUAGUGUUGUGUACUUUCAUUGCCACCAAGUUGUCGUCCUUGUAAUUUGUAAUUAUUUACUCAUUUCACUGAAGGAGAUUGUAAGCUGAAUAAUGCCUGAUUAACGAAUAGCUUUAAAACGAGAGUUUACUGUAUCUUAUCACCGGCCACUAGCUUAGAGCAGAGGAUGUGACGUAGGUUUAAUAUCCCCAUUACUUUCCCUUUGCUUAGAGAGGCAGAUGUGAUGUAAGUUCAAUAGCUGUAUUACUCUCCAUCAGCUUAUAAAAGCAGGAGUUUAGUGAAUUUUCUUCUGUUCGUUCAUAUGUCCGUCCGCACUUAAAAUUUGCAAAUCCUCCUAUAACAGUUCCAUGAUUUGACAGAACAAUAAAAUAUUUUUAAGACCUAACGAAACCGUGUUCCUCCUAUAUCGAUUUGUAAAUAUAAAUGAUUUUUUGGCUUCCAAUAGCAAAACAUAGACCUUGCCUGAUUCACUGAAGGGCGUCGGUAUGGUUGUUCAAACCAAGACACUUCUACUUUAAACUUUGUCUGGAUGAUUUUGGUGGUUCAUCAGAAAACAAUGACUUUGACAUUUUAACGACAGGGGGAUAUGCAUCUGUUAUGUUGCAGGAUUCGAUUCUAAUGAAGUUUUCCAAAUUUUUCUCUACGAAAUGACAUUGUGCACCCUCUAUUGCCACACAAAAACACUUCCCAUCGGAAGACACGAACUUAACCUUAUAGACACAAGAGGGCAGUGGCAUGCAUUUGUGAGUCUUGUUACAAUUAUUGAUUAUCACAAAUUAUAAUUCGCUUUAAUAAGUUUGUGGAAAGAUUUUUUAUGAAUCGUCAGAAAUAUGGUUUGUCAUUGGCAAAUGAAUUACUUAUGCUCAACGCUGCAAUAUUUUUAUAAAUUAAUAAAUACGAGUGAUUACAUUUGAGCCAGAAUACACUGGUCACUUUUUUUAUAGGUGUUCACACAAUUUUCCGAUGUCAAAGCUUAUGUUAAGACGAUCUACCUUUGCAUUCUGUUAGAUGUAAAUAUGUUCAACAGGAUGCUGCACUACCUCGUCAGUGAUUGUCUUAUGCCAUAUCUUGUUGUUUUUUGCUAUUGGAGAAUGUGUGAUGAUUGCGGAGAUUUAAUUGGUUCUGUUAAAUUUAUUCACUUUUUUUACUGAGACGAUGAUGAGAUUGACAUUUUGUACGGACACGUUUCGUUGUUUGAGAUUGUGUGUUACUCUCUGGGUGACGUUUGUUUGCUGUCUCGUUAACGUCUACCCCGUCUACUUUUAUUUAUUGUAUAACAUGUAAUUACUUAAUCCUACUCUUUCGAUAUUAGGACGACUAUUUGAGGUCUUUUUAAUGAAAAAGCAAUGUAUUGGUAAAGAUUUGCACAUUCCAAGAAGCAUAUAAUUGCUGUUUGUUUCCUUUUACAGUUAAAUUCUUUGAGUCCUAUU